AUGUCAACGGAGGAAAAGAGGAUCGAAGAAGACCCGGGUCUCUUUGAAAGAGAUGUUGGAAAUGCUGAGGAUUCCGCCACGGACGAUGCCGUGGAGGUUCUAGCGCUUCAAGACUUGGAUCCUGCUCUGAACGCGAAGAUGCACCUUGUCAAUAACGCCAUUGACGAGAUUGGGUGGACUAAUUAUCAUUGGAAAUUGUUCGUUUUAAACGGGUUUGGAUAUGCCGUCGAUUCUUUAGUCCUCUUACUCCAAAGCAACAUAGCCAUUCCCGCGUUCAAGGAGUUUGGUCAGGUCGGAUAUGACAAUGCCCAGACGAUUGCUACAUAUGUUGGGAUGCUGGUUGGGGCGCUCUUCUGGGGCAUGAGCGCCGAUAUUAUAGGACGGCGCUGGGCGUUCAACAUAUCUCUCUUUAUCUCCGCCGUAGCAACCAUUGUGUCGGGUGCCGCUCCUAAUUGGGCCUCACUAGGCUUCUUUACCGCCAUGGUCGGAUUUGGAGCUGGCGGCAAUCUCAUAUUAGACACAACUGUUUUCCUCGAGUACCUCCCAGGUAACAAGCAGUGGGCGCUGACAUUUCUAGCCUGCUGGUGGGGUAUUGGUCAGGCAGUCACCGGCUUCAUUUGUUGGGGUUUCUUAGUUCCGCCUCGCUGGAACUGCGAAUCCGCCGAUAACUGCCCAAGGGAUUCCAAUCAGGGGUGGCGGUAUGUCAUGUACACAUCGGGAGCGCUCGUUUUCGCCAUGUCCAUUGCACGUGUUACGGUGGUUCGUCUACAGGAGACUCCAAAGUACCGCCUAGGGACCGGAGAAGAUGCCGAGUUGGUCGAGACGCUACAUUCGAUCGCCAAAAGAUAUAACCGACGCUGUACGCUAACCUUGGAGAAGUUGGAGGCUUGCGGGACGGUAAAAACUGCGCACAGCGAGAAACGCUAUUCGCUUCAGGAGACCUUCAUUCAUCUUUCCGGGCUUUUCGUUACGAUGAAAAUGGGCAUUUCGACCGUACUCAUUUGGCUAUCAUGGACACUUAUCGGGCUUGCUUACCCUCUUUUCUACGUCUUUUUAAACACGUACCUUGCCAGCCGUGGAGCGUUAGAUGGCGUGGGAACCUUCGAAACGUGGCGCAAUUAUACGCUCACAAAUAUAUCCGGCAUCUUUGGGCCAGCCUUAGCAGCAUAUAUGUGCAACCUUAAAAUUCUUGGUCGAAGAUAUACCAUGGCGAUAGGGGCGCUAGUGACCAUGGCUUUUUUCUUCGCCUACACAGCAGUGUCCACUCCGGCGCAAAACGUUGGGUUCAGCUGCGCUAUUGCGUUUUGCCUCAACAUCUACUACGGAACUUUAUAUGCAUAUACCCCUGAGGUGCUACCAAGUGCUCAUCGUGCGACGGGGAACGGCAUUGCAGUCGGAUGCAAUCGUAUAAUGGGCAUUAUCUCCGCAAUUGUCGCCAGUACCGCUGACACCGGGACUGUCGUCCCGAUUUACCUCUGCGCAGCCCUCUUUCUCGCCAUGGCAAUUAUUAGUGCAAUCUUCCCCUUCGAGCCUUAUGGGCGGAGAAGUUCAUAAUUGAUGACUUCCAAUCACGAAGCCAUUCGCACGCGGCGCUACCAGUGUUUCUCAUCCUUCAUAAGUAUUGCCCGUGUUCCUCCUGGGCCUUAGGCGCCAGGGAUAUUAAAUUUCUAAGGUUAAAUCCGUAUGGCUUAGGGUCCCUUGGUCCCUUGGGAUAAAACUUCGUAAGAGGUCAACCCUAGCCAAAUAACCUUACUAACACGACACUGGUUGUUCUAGCUAAUUGUGUUAGGACUGGGUAUUAUUAGUACUCCAUCCAAUAUAGUUACCUACAAUAUAAAUAUAUACGUUCAUACCCAGCAUGAGUUAUAAACGAAGGCCACUAUCUUUUGUUACCUAAACAUUUAUAAUCAUUGCUUUAUAUAUCUAGUACUGCUGCCGUAUUAGUAUACUGUAGUAAUAUUUCUGGCAUGGGAAAGAUGCAUCGGAUCUUAAUGUGAGGACGUUUACCAAGUCACAUUAUGAGAAUCAGGUAGCAAAUCGAAUUCAAAAGACCUUAGCAUAUAGAGUUAUUGAUUCACUUAGAACUUUGUUGACUCAAGCUGAACACCUAUAGAUUCUCAUAUAAGGUUAGGUACCUAUAUAAGGCGCAAAGCAUACUAUAGUGAGACAGCAUAUUCUCAUCUGUUUAACCAUA